CCAGGUCACGUGACACGUCUGUAGAACGUGCGGUGUGUAGUGGGCAGACGAGAGAUUUGCUAUCAUUAGAGAGCUCCACUGAUACACCUUACACAUAAUGUAACACCUGAGCUUUUCUAUGCCACUAUUGUGGGGAUUUUACCUGCUUCGAUGUGAAAAUUAAACCAGUUAACAUACAGUUUGUCUACAAAGUGAACGAAUUCAAUCAAAAUGUGGAUUUAUAUGGUGUUUUUCCUUGGAUUAACUUGUGCAGCAUCCCUGUCCAAUGAUCAAAGAUUCACCUUCGAGAAAUCCUUCCAGGAGUUUUACCAUGGUAACGGUUAUUUGGGAGCCCAGGUGGGGGUAUAUGUGGACGGCCGGUUACCAUUCCUGCGGGGAUACGGGCACGACCACACCCUAACAGACAUCCGUCCCGAGUCCGUUAUGCCCAUUGCCGGAGCCUCAAAGGCCUUCACUGCUCUCACAGUCCUAAAAAUGGUAGAGGAGGGACAGCUUGAUUUGGGAGCUAAGGUGUUCGGGGCCGACGGUAUUCUGAGUACGUUCGAACCUUGGAGGGCCGACCACGUGGACCGUCGUAUAUAUGACAUCACUGUAGAUAAUUUACUUCGACAUACUGCGGGCUGGGAUUCACAGCGGUCUAACAUAUACGACCCCGUAUUAAAUAUCGCAUUAUUGGAGAGAGGAUAUAAGGUGAAAAAUAUUGCCGACGAAAUGGACCUACCGCAACCGAUUGAACCGGACGACGUCAUAAGAUAUAUGAUGUCACGGCGUCUUGAUUACACACCUGGAACGGACAGCGUCGUGUCAAAUCUGGGGUAUAUUAUCCUCGGUAAAGUGAUCACACAAGUCUCCGGUGUGGAGUACUCCUUAUAUGUGAAGGAACGCAUCCUCGAGCCUUGUGGACUGAUGCACACGCGCAUCGGACGCCCUCGUGUGUACAAGCGCGAACAUGGUGACAUGGAACCGGUAUUCCAGGGAUUUGGCGACGUGCUGCCCAUAUUUGUCGACUCGGCACUGGGCUGGGAGUCUAACGCAGCCGAUCUGCUACGUCUGUUCAUGUGCAUGGAUGGCUCGGGUGAUUUCCAACUCCUCAACAGGACGUCCGUUGCAUCCCUAAUAGCCAAGCCUGCUGGCGUGCCGAUACAACACCAUGACAGGUGGAUCGGCGCGGGAUUCCACGUGAACCUCCACGGCGCUAUUUGGAUCAACGGCGAAUACUACACGGAUGACAUCGUGUUUUAUCAUAAAGGCCCACUACUACGGCCAAACAAUGGUUAUCAUGACAUUGAUACACGAGGCGAAGCACGAGCCUGGGCAAUCAUCAUGCAUGGUCAGACCUUCGUACCUAUUCGAAAUAUUAUCAGGAACAUGAUGGAGGCUAGCGGAACGCACUGGUCGACUGACGACUACUUCACCAAUGACAUCGUGGAUGUAUCCGCCCAGUACCAAGGCGUGCAACGUACCGUCAGGUUCAAGGUCAACGAGCAUCAUCUGACGUCAUUCAUCAACGCCGCCAAACAGCUCCGCUAUGACAUCAUCUGGCUCAACGGCCUGUCCUACCAGAACCAGACAUGGUUCACAGUAAUUGCCGAAAAACAAAACCGUUCUAUCUACAACGACUUUUUAAUCGAGCACGGGCUCACGGAGAAGCAACUGUACCACCGCAAAGUCGAACAGGAAAAACGUGGCUACAAUCUCACAUUCUUCCAGAACUACCGGAGUCGCUCUCACCGUGACAAAAAGGUGUUCGUUGCUAGCUUCCGGCGCCACGCCUACAACAACCACACCAAGAUAAAAUACGGUCUGGAGCACUUCACGCAGCCAUACGACAAACUGCUGCAUCUCUUUGUGGAAAACGGAUAUUACCCUACCUCCCAGUCACUCAUGUAUGAAGGAUUUGAUGGUCUCGUCUCAUUCGUCCUUGAGAAGGAUCUUGACGCCAAGGGGCAAAAGGACUUCAAAUCUUAUGACGACAUCAGUCUUUACCGCCUGACAAAAAUAGUCCAAGGCAAUGCACGGUAUAGGAGGAAGCUGGCCUACCUUGAUGCGUCUGAUUAUUUCGGAAAGCCAGUGUUUUCCGCAGUGUUCAUCCGUGAUACUAAAAGGAACAUGGUAUUUAAUGCUGAACUUACGGAAAACAGCAUGAGAACAAUUAUCAAGAGAAAUGAGGAGAGUGGCUUUCUGCCCAAGAUUAUAGCCGGAUACACGGACAAAGAUAAAAACUUAAAGUACGCAAUGUGUCUUGAAAAGUGAUCUUACAUUGUUGACAUGGCAACAACACAUAUUCUUACGUAAAGAAACGUCAUCUUACACGUAAAAGACUGCUUUUCGAGCAUCGCCUUGUUGGUCAAACUGUGAUCUUGACAACUGUUAUGCCGAGCAAAGUUGCGCUAUUGUCUGAAUUGAGUUAUAGCAAACUGUCUAUUGACGGUUGGCGGAAAAUGUGAAACUGGAUUGGUAAUUGCAUCACAGACAAAUCGUGCUAAUCUACAUUUAGUGCUAAUAAACACCGUUAUAAGGACUGCAUAUAGUGCUUAUAGACAUGGGUAUUUACCGUAAAGCUUUUCUUUUCGUUUGGUCCUAGUUUUCACUUCUAUUGUGGUCAAUAUGUUUCCCCGCUAAAUCCAUCCAGUGGAAGUAUCUGUCAUCUCUGAUACUUAAUGUAAAAGCUUCUGUACCAUAUCACAAGCAUGAAACCACGACACAUUAAUCAAGCGAAUUCCGAUUUUUGUGUUAAAUCAGCAAAUAUUUAACGUAAAAAAUAAUAGAAGCUUUACGGUAAUGUAAAGCAGUGUAAUUCGUCACAUUCAUAACGUGUCACGUGCUUCAUAGUCAGACCUAAACUCAUAUUAAAGCAUUACCAUGGCAAGAGUGUAGCAAUAGAACAGGUAAUCCAGUGACCAAUGCAAUGUUAACCCUGUAAUUGUAAAUAAUACGCCAGUUCUGUGUAGUAUGACUUUGUAUACCAUGAUUCUAAUUAACCUCCAUUAUACAGUAAAAACCUCGUUAUACUGCCAUAAUUUGUCUAGCGAUGCUUUGGCAUUAUAAUUUAUCGAAGGAUAUAUUAAUUUAUUGGAAACAUAUGGAACUUCAGAGAAAAGAGUAAAAUGGGAACAUUGCGACUCGUUUGUUAGUGGCAACCGAAGUGAAUAGUAGCUAACGAGUGGCGUUAUAACGAGGUUCACCUUUCGUGUCUCACGUGACACAUACGUCUCACAGAGGCCAAAGGUUAAGCUGCUUUUAUACAUGAAAUACUGCUGGCCAAAAUGUAGGAAAAAUAGAAUUGGAGACUCCGGUUUGUGAAAGUUAUACAGACGAUGGUUAUAUAAAGACGAAUACCGACAUAUGCAGUGCUGCUGAUGCAUGUUGCUUCUUUCAUGAAACAGUUCACCCAUCAUUCUUUACAUCACAAAUACGCCAGUAUCAUAUGUAGAGUGGAGCAUCGCAAAUCUGGAAAUGUUUUGUCGGAUUUCAUUUCAACAAAUUUUAUUUGUUGGAUAACAGACAAAGCCUAUGUGUUUAUUCUACCCUGUUAGGAGUAUGAUUAUUUGAAGUUAACAUCACAAUUUCAAUAAUCCGAGGACAUUGUUAUUCUGGAGAUAUUUUCGGGAGAAGAGGUGUCCAGAAUAUCAACGUUCCAUUGUAGUGACUCUUUCUCGUCAUGCGAGUAGUCUCACACAUGUUAAUAUGCAUAAUAAUAGGUGCCAGUAUGUAUAACUCUUUGUCAAAAUCAACGUCGUUAUCAUGGUAACAUUCUUGUUUUAAUAUAUAUUUGUGUUUACGUUCAUACAUUUUGCCAGUGGGUAUGUCUUCAUCUGUUUUGUGUCUUAAUGAUUAUGUUUGUAAAUAAAAGUAUAUAUUUAUCUUUAUUGAUAUGUGUACUCCUGGCUAGCAAACGACUACAUUUAUGUUCUACCUAACACAUCCGUUAAGACCACAGGUGCUUGAAUCGAUUGGUGCUUCUCCUCCGAAAAAUCGGACUUGAACAAGGCUACUACUAUACUUAUGUAGCAGUUACCUUGCUCACGUCCAAACUUUGUUAGCAGUAUUGACCAAACGAUACAAGCUCUUUGCUCCAUUAGUUUGUAUUUUGGACAGGUAUUAACGAAUGUUUAAGAAGUAGAAUAUUUCUGACGUUGGGGAGCUGAAUGCCACGAGAAGAUCGGGGACGAAAACUUACAGUUUUAUAUUGGUGUAAAUAUGAUAUGUAGUUGUUUUGUAUACAGCAAAGCGUUUAUAGUCGAUAUGUAAUAAUAUGGAAUAACUGGUGUUUCGAUUGUUUAACACUUACAUACAUAUAUUAUUUUCCAUGUAAAGUUUCUAAACACCGCAAAGCUUCGCUAUACUGCCUGCCACCUUAUUUGCAAGUUUAUGACAUUAUAAAUGCAUUUGUCGGUGUAUCGAGGAAGACAUAUGUACAUGAAUUGUUAUGGGGGAAAGUAAUUAAUAAAUAAAAAGGGAACAUUGAAAUACAAUGUAUGUUUAUGCUAAGCAAACAGUUGGAAAAUGAAACAAGAGGCAUUAUAUCGAGGUUUUGCUAUACUGUUAGUUUCACGUAGCAUUACUCUUGCAGUUAUUAGGUUUUAGUAUUAACCGUGAAAUAGAUCAUUAUACCUAAAUACAUAUGAAGUACACGAAUUUCGUAUCAUAAAGAAUAGUUGCCCAUAUCAAUGAUUAAACUCAAUUUACAUGAUUACAAGCAUCAGAACAAGGAGACAAAUUAUUUGGAAUAAUGUAGACCGUGUUUCCUUGGACUAUUUUUCUCGGACGGUGACAAUGUUAAUAGAGCGAAGGGGCCUAAAGACUCGGGUAACAUCACGUAUUUUCAACAUUAUCAUCAAUUAUCGAUGCCUCGGAAAAUGAUAUGGUAUAUAUUUACAGCUUUGUUUGAUUUGAUUUCAUUCAUUUUUAGCUUCGAAUUCCGGAAUAAUGGAUUAGCAACCGAGACUUACUACUCAUUCUACUUGACCCUUCAUGUAUAUGACGAGCUAGCAGUCUUCUAAAUAGAUAGUAAUAUGUGCUAGAUUUCAUUGUAAAUGUUGACUUUAUAUCUGUUAAUAAAAAAGUGCCAUUUAAAAAAA